AUGGACACCGGCAAAGGACUAGGUAUUUACAUCCCUUUAGAAAAUGAUGAAAAUCACGAACAGCAGCAGCAACAACUACUACUACAGAGAAAUGAUAAUUCGGUGAUAGAUACGCAAAGACAAAAUCAACAGCAUCAUCAUGACUAUCAAUGUUCCAAUAAUGAAAAUCUGCCGGUCACUCAUCAGUUGAUAAAAGAAAGAUGGAGAGAUUCCAAUUCGAAUUAUCAACCUAAACAAAAUAAUUGUGCUACAAAUUCCGCAGAGAAUGAAUGCCAGAGCUCAGAGAAUCGUAUCACGUUCUAUAAUAAUGCUAUUGCUCAACAGCAACCAUCAUCUUCUGGAACUCCCCAUUUCGUAUAUCCUCGAUAUUUCUAUGAAUCUCAUCACGGAUAUUUACCACCUCAACCACAACCCUCACAACACGCUAUAUCUCAUUAUUAUCAUCAUCAGCCACCGACACCGCAGACACAAAUAUCCGGUGAGAAUAAAUAUUCUACAAUCCCAGCAGCCACACAAUGUUCGGCGCUAACGUGUGCGAGCAUUCCGCCGCAAUACACGAAUUCGUUUUUACACUCACAACACAUGAGUCAACAUCUUCAAUUCUAUUCGCAUCCAAAUGCACCAAUUGCCUCUGUAGUCGCACAAAGUCUUCAAGAAUAUACAUCGUUGGCAUCUGCAGCGACCAAUUCGAAUUCGGAACGUGCCCUUCUAAAAAAAGGUCGUAAAUUUCCUACGUCACCGUCAAUAUCUUCAUCUAAAUAUGAAGAAACAAACGCGUAUCAUGGUACAACACAUCAGCAUCAACAACAGCAGCGUAAAGGUGAUCAAUUGAAAUGUUCAAAUUGCGGAGUGAGAGAGACACCAGCUUGGCGUCGUGAUUUACAAGGAAUUGCGUUAUUAUGCAACAGUUGUGGCUUAUAUCUAAAGAAUAAAGGAGUUCAUCGUCCCACCGAGCGUGCGCCUGAUGGUACUAUUAGACUCAAAAGAGCCUCGAAACAAGAAUCGGAAAUUUCUUGCAGUAAUUGCCACACGAAAAAUACUCCUUGCUGGAGAGGAAAUCAAAAUCAUAAGCUGUGCAAUAAAUGCGGAUUAUUCCUAAAAACACAUGGCUAUCCGCGUCCACCAAGUCCCGAAUUGAGGGCUAGACGUGGAUUGUCCACCGUUGCGGUUGUAUUUUCAAGUACUAGCAAUAAUAGUAAUAAUGUUCACAACGAUUCGAUGACUGUUAAUCGUGCAGAAUCGCAUGAUGUUCAAGAGCAAGAACAACGACAACAGCAAUCGAUAUCAUGUACUGAAUCUCAAUUGAAACCUCAAACGCAACAACAGAAUGAGCCACAUUCUCCUCCGAUCGUUGAACCAAAACAAGAUCAUCUAAAAGAAGAAAAAAAACAUAAGCAAGCUGAAAAUGAGGCUCAACAACAAUUAUCAGACUCUGAAUCGGAGCUCAAUAACAAUAACAAUAAUAUUUCGGAUUCUUUAGCAAAAAGUUGA